AUGGGCAGCCGUGGCAGGGGUGUGCACGUGGCCACUACCCUAGGAGUGCUAUGGUUCUUCUUCACAGGUGCAGUAGAGGUCCAGGUCCCUGAAGACCCUGUGGUGGCCCUGCUGGGCACUGAUGCUACUCUGCGCUGCUCCUUCUCACCGGAGCCCAGUUUCAGCCUGGAGCAGCUCAACCUCAUCUGGCAGCUGACAGACACCAAACAGCUGGUGCACAGCUUCACGCAGGGCCAGGAUCAGGGCAGCGCCUAUGCCAACCGCACUGCACUCUUCCCUGACCUACUGGCUCAGGGCAACGCAUCCCUGAGGCUUCAGCAUGUUCGUGUGGCUGAUGAGGGCAGCUUUACCUGCUUCGUGAGCAUCCGAGACUUUGGCAGUGCUGCAGUCAGUCUGCAGGUGGCAGCCCCCUAUUCAAAGCCCAGCAUGACCCUGGAGCCCAACAAGGACCUGCAGCCUGGGGAUAUAGUGACCAUCACAUGCUCCAGCUACCAGGGCUACCCUGAGGCCGAGGUGUUCUGGCAGGAUGGGCAGGGUGUGCCUUUGGCGGGCAAUGUGACCACAUCGCAGAUGGCCAAUGAACAGGGUUUGUUUGACGUGCACAGUGUUCUGAGAGUGGUGCUGGGUGCUAAUGGCACCUACAGCUGCCUGGUGCACAACCCCGUGCUGCAGCAGGACACUCACGGCUCCGUCACCAUCACAGGACAGCCCAUGACAUUCCCCCCUGAGGCCCUGUGGGUGACCGUGGGACUCUCUGUCUGUCUUGUUGCACUGCUGGUGGCCCUGGCCUUCGUGUGCUGGAGAAAGAUCAAACAGAGCUGUGAAGAGGAGAAUGCAGGAGCUGAGGACCAGGAUGGAGAUGGAGAAGGAUCUAAGACUGUCCUGAGGCCUCUAAAGCACUCUGAAAACAAAGAAGGUGAUGGACCAGAAAUAGCCUGA